CGUCACAGCCACAACAAGCCAGUCAUCCCCAGGCGCCCGGCGUGAGUCUCUCUCUUGUACCAUUUUCCGCCACCACCGCCGCCAUGAACAGCAAAGUGGAAGCAUAUCUCACCGCCAAGAAGGAGAACUCCCCCGCGGAGCUCUCCAAUAAGUUCGGGGAGAUGGAGGAGCUCUACAACAAGAAGUUAUGGCAUCAGCUGACCCUGGCACUGAUGAGCCUGGUGAAGGAGCCAGCGAUGAGGGAAGGCACCGAGCUCAUCACCCUGUACAACAACCUCAUCUGUGAGCUCGAGAACAAGGUCAAUCCGCUGUCCCUGGCCACCAUCGCCGGAGAGGUCAUCACCCAGCACGUCGACCCCAAUGAGGCUGUGACCUUCGUGGAGCGCAUCAUCCCUAAGGUGUCAGACCACCAGGAGGCGAGGGUGCUGGCUAACGUGCUGAUUGCCCAGGUCACCCUCACCCGCCUCGAAGACCAGGCCAAAACCAAGAAGAUCCUCGACGAAACGGAGAAGCUGCUUGACGAGAUUGACGGAGUGACCCCCGUGCAUGGAAAGUUCUAUCUCCUUGCGUCCGAGCUGUACUGUCGCAGCGGGGCCCACUCGGACUAUUACCGGGCUGCCCUGCGGUAUCUGGGCUGCAUUGAGCUUCAGAAUCUGGACUCUGAGACGCAGAAUAAGCAAGCCUUCUACCUCGGUCUGGCCGCACUGCUUGGGGAAGGGAUAUACAACUUUGGCGAGCUGUUGGCACACCCCAUACUGGAGGCACUAAAGGGGUCAUCAUCUGAGUGGCUCCGUGACCUCCUGCUGGCGUUCAACGAGGGAAAUAUCAACAAGUUCGAGGCCAUGAAGAGCCAGUGGAGCACCCAGCCGGACCUGUUGACCAAGGAGAACCAGCUGAGAGAGAAGAUCCGGCUCCUGUGUUUAAUGGAGAUGACCUUCCAGCGCAAAGCCUACGACCGCCAACUCACCUUCGUCGAAAUCGCGCGAGAGACCGGACUCCCCAUGAACCAAGUUGAGGUCAUGGUAAUGCGCGCCCUGUCCCUCGGCCUUGUCCGGGGCACCAUCGACCAGGUGGAGGGCAAGGUCAACAUCACCUGGGUCCAGCCUAGGGUGUUGGACAAGAAGCAGCUGGCGUCAAUGAUGGAUAGGCUGACUGAUUGGUGUCGCGAUGUGUCUAGCAUGCAAAGCCUUCUCCAGGAGCAAGCCUCGUCAAUUCUCACGCUGUAGUGGUAUUGAUGGUGGUUGUGGUAGUGGUAGUUAGUGGUAGGAGUCUUUUUCUUGGUUGAUUUUUAUUGUUUUUUUUUUUAUUUGUUUUUUGUAAUUUUUAUGCUUAUUUAUUUUUUUAUUUAUUUUUUUCAAUCUUUUUCUAGUUUUUCAUGUAUAUUUUUUUCAUUUUAUUUUUUUCUAUUGGAUAUAUUUGUUUCCAUCUCUCUCUCUCUCUCUCUCUCUCUCUCUCUCUCUCUCUCUCUCUCCCUUUCUUUAUUUUCUUUUUUCUCUUUUCCUAUCUU